GACAUAAAUAAUAUUUAUUUUUUUUUCUUUUUCUUUUUCUUUUUUUUUUUUUUUUUGAGACGGAGUCUCGCUCUGUCCCCCAGGCUGGAGUGCAGUGGCACGAUCUCGGCUCACUGCAUAAAUAAUGUUUCUAGUACCUACCUAGAUUGUUUUUGUAAUCUUCCCAGAUCCAAGGAAUUUUUCACAGACAACCUAUGGGACACACUCCCUUGCUCAUGGCAGGAAGCAUUGGAUGGACUGAAACCACCACAGCUGGCCACAAUGCUGCUGGGGAUGCCUGGGGAAGGGGAGGUCGUCAGGUACAGGUCAGUGUGGCCACUCACCCUGCUGGCCCUGAAGUCCACGGCGUGUGCCCUGGCCUUUACCCGGACGCCUGGCUUUCAGACCCCCUCAGAAUUCCUGGAGAACCCCAGCCAGAGCUCCCGACUAACAGCUCCAUUCCGAAAACAUGUCAGGCCCAAGAAGCAGCAUGAGAUCCGGAGGCUGGGAGAGUUGGUGAAGAAGCUGAGUGAUUUCACAGGCUGCACCCAGGUUGUAGACGUGGGCUCAGGCCAGGGCCAUCUCUCCCGCUUCAUGGCUCUUGGCCUGGGGUUGAUGGUGAAGAGCAUCGAAGGGGAUCAGAGACUGGUGGAGAGAGCCCAGCGCCUGGACCAGGAGCUUCUGCAGGCUCUGGAGAAAGAGGAGAAGAGGAACCCGCAGGUGGUCCAAACCAGCCCUCGUCACUCCCCACACCACGUGGUUAGGUGGGUAGACCCCACAGCCCUGUGUGAGGAGCUUCUGCUUCCACUGGAGAACCCGUGUCAGGGCAGGGCCCGCUUGCUGCUCACAGGCCUCCACGCCUGUGGGGAUCUGAGUGUUGCCUUGCUGAGACACUUCUCCUGCUGUCCUGAGGUGGUGGCCCUGGCCUCAGUGGGCUGCUGCUACAUGAAGCUGAGUGACCCUGGCGGCUACCCACUGAGUCAGUGGGUGGCUGGGCUGCCUGGCUAUGAACUGCCCUACCGGCUUCGGGAGGGGGCCUGCCAUGCCCUGGAGGAAUAUGCUGAGCGGCUACAGAAAGCUGGUCCUGGCCUUCGAACUCACUGCUACCGUGCAGCACUGGAGACAGUCAUCCGACGGGCCCGGCCCGAGCUCCGUCGGCCAGGCGUGCAGGGUAUCCCCAGGGUCCACGAGCUCAAGAUUGAAGAAUAUGUGCAGCAGGGGCUACAGCGAGUGGGGCUAGAUCCCCAGCUGCCACUGAAUCUGGCUGCCCUUCAGGCCCACCUGGCCCAGGAGAACCGUGUGGUGGCCUUCUUCAGCCUGGCUCUACUGCUUGCCCCACUGGUGGAGACGCUUAUUCUACUGGACCGGCUGCUGUACCUUCAGGAACAGGGUUUCCAUGCUGAGCUCCUGCCCAUCUUCAGUCCUCAACUCUCUCCCAGAAACCUGGUUCUGGUGGCCACCAAGAUGCCCCUGGGUCAGGCUCUUUCUGUUCUGGAGACUGAAGACAGCUGAUGCAGCCUGAGGACACAUCUCAGACCCCAUCAUCUGCAAGUGCCCAGAGAGCACAGUGGCAGAGUACAUCUCAUCCAGAGAAACAGCAUCCUGCAUCCUCCAGAGUCCUGGUUCCUUCAGUUUCAUCCCCUUUCUCUCCUUCCAUGGAUUAUGUAAUACAUUGUAAAGUUUUAAUUUAUUAAAAAUUGGAAAUCUG